AUGGCACCGUCCAUGUUGCUGCGGCCCUUCUCCCGGCUGCUGGCCCUGGCCAGGCUCCCGAGCAGUCCGUCAGUGCAGUCCAAGUUCUAUGUUCGGGAGCCGCUACAUGACAAACCUGACUGGCUGAAAGUGGGGCUGACCUUCGGUACUACCGUCUUCUUGUGGGUCUAUCUCAUCAAACAACAUAAUGAAGCUGUUUUAGAAUGUAAAAGAAGAAAUGGAUUAGAAUAA